AGCAUGCACCGCGUCGCAAGUCAAUUCCUUUUGACGUCUUGGAGUUUGAUUGGCUACGCUAUAAUUGAUUUCUCGGUAGCACAUGGGGGAACAGUCGGGAUUGAGGGAAGCCUCUGCCUUGAGUCUUGCUCUUGUCCCCCUGCAUACUUGCCCAAAGCUGAUUCCUUCCUGCGCUGAACUCCUGAAUGAAACAUGGCAGCGGAGUCUGGGCGCUCGUAUGCACUCGUUAGAGCGUUCCUGUGAUGACUUUCCUGUGUGCCUUGCGCUCAUUAGCUCCCCUGAUGGGCCUGCCCUUGGCCAUGUCCGUCUCUGUAAGGUCAUUGGGAGCCACGAUAGUCUGUUUGUGGAGUCAGUUGUGGUCAGCACAGAGCUGAGAGGAAAAGGCUAUGGAAGGAAGCUGAUGGAGGCUACUGAGAAAUAUGCCAGAAGCAGAGGCUUCCGAAAUUUACACCUUACCACACAUGACAAGCAAGACUUUUACCACCACCUUGGAUACCAGCUGUCUGAGCCAAUCCAGAGUAUGGGCACUCUGGGAACACUUCUACCCAUGGGCAUAUUGCAGCGCUUGUCUAAAGUAAGGGAAGAGCCCACGCCAAGUCACAUUGCUGCUCUUCAUCCCACAGACUCUGUGUUGUCAGCUGCUGGAGCUUUUCCAGUCUCAACUUCUGUUUCACUGUCUACUGAAGAUUGUUCUGCACCUCCACCAUUGCCAUCUUCCUCUGAUUCUUCAUCUACACCACCACCUCCUCCAUUACCAUCACUUCCAUCUCUUAUGAAUUUGCCAUCUACAACACCUCCUCCUCCUCCUCCACCACCACCACCACCAUCAUUGCAUUUUUUAUCUGCACCUUCUCCUCCAUCACCAUCUUCCGUGCAUUUGAUAUCUGCACCACCACCUCCUCCACUACCGCCAUCUUCCUUCGUUCCCCCACCUCUUGCUUCUGUUGUCACUACUCCUUUCUCAUCUUUUGCAAACCUUACCCUUUCUCCCUCUCCGGCACCUCCAUACCCUUCUCACCCAUUUCCAGCACAGCCACAAUCUCCCCUUCCUUUAAGCAACCAAACAGGAAUCCUCUCUGCCCUGCAAACCCCAUACAGAGACUUCCGUGGGCAACCCAUAUUUUGGAUGAAGAAAAGUAUCUAGUGAAAUUUUUAGAGGAGGCAUUUAAAUCAAAAACUGCAAAUAAAGCAACACAGGGACUUUAAUACAUAGUUAUACAGUAUUUAUGAUGCAAUUUUUUGAUAUGUGAUCAGUACCAUAGUACCUGUGAUCCUUUGUACUGAAUGACCCACUCUGGGUAGAUUGAAGGAGGACCAGACAGACACACUUACAUGCUCACAUUAAAUAGUAACUAGUUCCUGAACAAAACUGUUCUUAUCAAUAAAAGUAUUAUAAGUGUACUAGAUAAAAAGCAUUUGUGGUACAA